AUUUUUCCGCCGGCGGCCCUGAGGUGAAAGGAGGCGGCUUCCCUCCCUCACCCGACCGGGGCGGGCGGAGAGACGGGGAGGGGAUCGCGUCAGACCCCGCCUCCGCUCCUCCCCUCCCGCGGCGGCUGCUUUGCUCCCCGUUCAGUCGUCCCCAUCCUCGCCGGGCUCUUCUCAGCGCCGGGAGCUGCGCCUGGAGCUAAUAGGAGGUGGACUGCAAUCUCUCAAUAACCUUCUGUUCAACUUGGAGUACCGUGGUUCAGCAACUGAACAGAUGGAUAAUGGAGACUGGGGCUAUAUGAUGACUGAUCCAGUCACGCUAAAUGUGGGUGGACACAUGUACACGACAUCCCUCACAACUCUCACCAGAUAUCCUGACUCAAUGCUUGGGGCCAUGUUCAGGGGAGACUUCCCCACUGCCAGGGACUCUCAGGGCAAUUACUUCAUUGACAGAGACGGACCACUUUUCCGUUACGUUCUUAACUUCUUAAGGACCUCAGAGCUAACUUUGCCACUGGACUUCAAGGAGUUCGACCUACUUCGGAAGGAGGCGGACUUCUAUCAGAUUGAACCUCUGAUUCAGUGUCUCAACGACCCCAAGCCUCUGUAUCCUGUGGAUACCUUUGAGGAGGUGGUGGAGCUUUCCAGCACCCGCAAGCUGUCCAAGUACUCCAACCCGGUGGCUGUGAUCAUCACGCAGCUCACCAUCACAACGAAAGUCCAUUCGUUACUGGAAGGCAUUUCAAACCACUUCACGAAGUGGAAUAAGCAUAUGAUGGACACCAGGGACUGCCAGGUUUCCUUCACUUUUGGGCCAUGCGAUUACCACCAGGAAGUGUCUCUCAGAGUGCAUCUUAUGGAGUACAUCACAAAGCAAGGCUUCACGAUCAGGAAUACCAGAGUUCAUCACAUGAGUGAGCGUGCCAAUGAAAACACAGUGGAGCACAACUGGACUUUUUGUAGACUGGCACGAAAAACAGAUGACUGACUCUGACUCCACAGGAGCCGUUUCAGUUAUUAGUGACUUAAUUGAACAGUAAAGCCAAGAGAGUCUGGAUUUUGGCUGACGUAACACUGCGGGCUUUUUUUUUUUAUAUAUAUAUAUAUGAGUAUUUAUUGUUUAUCAUUAAGGACUGGAGAAGUUUCAUUCUCUAGCAGUUCUGUCCUUUCAUCCAGAAUAAAAACAUGCAUGUGCCUGUUCAGUCAAGACACCUUUUUGUUUGAAAGAAGGAGUCCGAAGAAUUAGUACAGGAGGGUAUUUUGUGUCAUUAACACAAUUCCGACGCAACUUAAAGUGCUAAAAUUACCUCAGUUUAAAUGGUUUCUAAUCCAUCUAACCCUGUGCCACUGGGAGCAAGAAACAAACGGAAUCUAAGAGGCAGAUGGCGAAAAGCUGCUAUCACAUAGACUAAUUUAGCUUCUAAAUCAAUAAACAGUAUUGUAAUAUUCUAGGAAAAAAAAUCCCACCCUUUAAAAGUACUUGAUAAGUACAGUUUCGUACAGUUAUGACAACUGUUUCUUUCUAUGCAUAUAAAUCAAGCAACCAAAUACUAUCUGUAGCCAUGGAAAUAUGAUUAGAAAUAUUUAUAUUGGAUUCUGAAUGCAAAAUGUCCCUGUGGUAGAAUUCAUAUUUUUAAUGCCUGGUGCAAUAUUAUUCCCAAGUGUAAUGCCUGCCAGCAAGAAGCUAAUAAAAAUGUGAAAUAUA